GUGCAGAGUGAGGAGACGCAGGUGAGCGCAGGAAAAAGCGACGACGACACCAAAGAGCAGGAGCCGUGGAUCGGAGUGGUUCCCGUGGAGAUGGACGACAGCAAAGCCUCCACCGGAAACCAGGAGUCCUUUGCUGAUGCGAUGGUCAAUAAGAUGAAGCGAGCGUUGGUCCUCGGAGCUUCUGCGCUGAUCAUUCUGGCUCUCAACCAAAACACUGUCAGUGAGAUGGAUCUGUCUCAGGUGCUCUCCAAGCCCAUCAUUGUGAUCCAGACAUCUGAAAAUGUCACCAAGCUGAUCGGAGCUCUGCUGAGGGGUCUUCAGGCGACAGCAAAAAUCACGUACAAGACGAUCCUGCAGGACAACCUGGGAGCCACGCUCACGCUGUGGUCCAGCUGCGGUCGAUCGAGAGGAGGGCGCUACGGAGAGUGGCAGGGGGUCAUCUGCACGGGAGAGACCAACUCUCAGGUCCAGAAGUACCUGCAGAAGCUGUGGGACACGGUCCUCCUGGUGGCUCUGAUCCUCAGCACCGGAGUCAUUGUCCAGGCUCGCUGGCAGUACCAGGACCACCAGCUGAACGACGACCUGCAGCUCUCUCCUAAACAGGAUGUCCUUAAGAGAAUGUCGUCCCUAAAGACCAAAACAUACCGUCAGCCCAAACCACGGUGUGACCCGUCCCAGCUGGGGGAGACGGACAACUGUGCCGUCUGUCUGGAGCCGUUCAACAACAACCAGUGUCUGCGGGUGCUGCCG